AUGGAUGCGUUCCAUCCGUGCCAAGCGAGCGCGCGCGCGAGCAAGCGUCGCCCCGUCCAAACGUCCAAACGUUCGCGCUUCGCGCCGUACUACGUCGUCACACCGGACGACUCGGCGGGCGCCACAGCGAGGGCGCGAGGGCGCGUCGGACCGCUCGCUCGUUAUUCUGGGCCCGCUUGCGCGGCAGAGGCGUGGACCUCGAAACCCGUUACCCGGAGGCAAGCGAGCGGAACGGACGACCAUGGACACCGUCGAGAGACUCGUCGUCCACCGUCCUCGCGCGAGGGGUCUCGGAACCGACGAGCGGCGCGCCCUCCAUAUGCGCGCGACGUCGAACGACGAGAUAUCGCGCCCGGAAAACGCCGCCCGCUCCGAAGGCGGGCGCGGGUGGCGAACGCGAGCCAUUUCACGUGGGCCUUCAAUGAAUACGCGCUGCCCAGGGACUCGACACUAGCGUACAAUGUGCUACACCGCGCACCCGUUCUCGUCGAAGAUGUCCGUGACUCGGUGGACCCUCGCCCAAACCCUGCCGACGUCCAGCAUCUAAUUACAAGUGAGAGGCGGCGCAGAACGCGCGCGCACGCACCGAAGGUCCUACUUACCGCCCCGCUCGCGAGCGACGGCGACGUCGAGGAACAUCAGCCCAGGGUCGGGAGUCCAAUCGCCUCUUCGACGUUCCUGCCUUCCGACUGCGUGCCACUUGGUCGCUGCCGCGAGGCGGCGGGCAUGGGCCCCCCGCGCAGGCAAGCCGCGCCCGGCGGUGCGGGCGGUCUUGAUCCAGCGAGCGGGGGCCAUAACGCGCCUCGAGCCCCGCGCGCCGGCGGCCGGCACGCUCGCACGGACACACAAGCGACGAGGGGCACUCAGUACUCAGAUCUCAGAGCAGACGAGCGAGCGGUGUUUGUCAAAAUCAAUGGCAUUGGAGCGUCGCGCUCGCACCGCGCCCGAGACGCGAACGGGUUGGAAGGGGGUGGGCAGCGGCGACGAGGGAGCUCACAAGACAAGACAGGAGGAGAGAAGGUCCGUGGGGGAAACCGGGUCGUCGUCAUGGGCGAACACGGGGCAGCUGAUGGGCAGCUGUGGCGUGCGCGCAGGGGUGAUGGAGGGCGAUGCGAUGCGUCCCAGGCGAACGACGGCCAAAUCAGCGCGAGGCUGACGGUCACCGUGGCGAGCGAGCAACGCAGUGGGGGAAGCGAGGAAGGAUGGGAGGAGGACGAGGGUAUGGACGACACGGUUCCCCGGGAAUGA